GCAAAGACGUGCACGCGCAUUUCUUUCUCCAGUGCGUUCGCCAUAGAAAACAAAGCUAUCUGUGCGCUUCCAAUACAGCUAACGGGGCAAACACAGCACAGCGCUCUCUCUCUCUCUCUCUGCCUGCAUGUACACCCAAGAUGGGUUUGCAGCUCAUCUGAGGGCCUUUGAUCGCGGGCCUGUUUUGACAGUCAGCUGAAGUUGUUUUUUCCCGGACCGCUUUUGUUUCUUAGCCACGGCGAGCAGCAAAGCCACAAUCAUUGUCCUUUCUGCUGCGAGCUGCCGAGGGGAAACACAUCGCCAUGUUGUUAUCGGAGCGGGCUCAUUAAAGAAGGCGAAACCGUGAGCGUGUGGAGGAGAUAAUCUCGUCGUUUGAGCCGAACCGAACCUGAGUCCUCAACCGUCGCCUGCCUCACUGAAUGACUGACAUGGCGGAGCAGAGCUACUCCUGGGCAUACUCCCUGGUCGACUCCAGCCAGGUGUCAACCUUCCUCAUCUCCAUCCUCCUCAUCGUGUAUGGCAGCUUCAGGUCAUUAAAUAUGGACUGUGAGAACCAGGAAAAGGACAAGGAUGGCAACCCAACCAACACUGGAUCCUUCAACAAUGGCAACUCCAACAACAGUAUUCAGACCAUAGACUCAACACAGGCAUUGUUCCUGCCCAUCGGGGCCUCUGUGUCUCUGCUCGUCAUGUUUUUCUUCUUCGACUCAGUUCAGGUGGUGUUCACCAUAUGCACUGCAGUUCUAGCGACCAUUGCGUUUGCAUUCCUUCUGCUGCCGAUGUGUCAGUAUCUGACCAGACCCUGCUCUCCACAGAACAAGAUUUCGUUCGGCUGCUGUGGCCGCUUCACAUUGGCGGAGCUGCUCUCCUUCUCACUGUCUGUCAUGCUGGUUCUCAUAUGGGUGCUGACGGGGCACUGGCUGCUCAUGGAUGCUCUUGCCAUGGGUCUCUGUGUGGCCAUGAUUGCCUUUGUGCGGCUGCCUAGUCUCAAGGUGUCGUGCCUGCUGCUGUCAGGCCUGCUCAUCUAUGAUGUUUUCUGGGUCUUCUUCUCCGCCUACAUCUUCAACAGCAAUGUGAUGGUAAAGGUGGCCACACAGCCUGCUGACAACCCCCUCGACGUUCUCUCGCGCAAACUGCAUCUGGGACCCGGCAUGGGACGGGACGUCCCGCGGCUCUCUCUGCCCGGCAAGCUGGUAUUCCCAAGCUCCACCGGCAGCCACUUCUCCAUGCUGGGCAUCGGCGACAUCGUCAUGCCGGGACUGCUGCUGUGUUUCGUGCUCCGAUAUGACAACUAUAAGAAACAGGCUACAGGAGAAGUUCCCGGCACUGCCAACAUGUCCGGUCGCAUGCAGCGGGUUUCCUACUUCCACUGCACCCUCAUUGGUUACUUUGUUGGUCUGCUGACAGCGACCGUGGCCUCUCGUAUUCACCGUGCAGCUCAGCCUGCCCUCCUGUACCUGGUGCCCUUCACCCUGCUACCUCUGCUCACCAUGGCCUACCUGAAGGGGGACCUACGGCGCAUGUGGUCCGAGCCCUUCCACGCCAAGGCCAGCAGCUCACGUUUCCUGGAGGUAUGAUGCUGCUCCAACCAGCACAGAUUCCGCGCCCUAACCACCUACCAGAGAGAGAGUUCGGAAGAGAGGAACUAAACUCGUCAUCCCUCAUUCCUGUUGUCAUCAGCCAGCCAGCGGAUGAACAGCCGUAUGCGGACUUCACUGCCAGAAGGAUUGAAGCGCUCCAAACGUCUCUAUAUUCCUCAUUCCUUACGUUCUAUAAAUCCUGUGUCCUGAUCCACAACUGGCAAUUCAAAUCCUGUCUUUUUCCUCUACCUCUUUUCUUUCUCAGCUCCAUUCUAUCUUCAAGCUCGUCACUACAUCUUUCUUAAAGGAACAUUUCACCCAAAAAAUUUUAUUCUGUCUUCUGUCAACCCGUAUUAGGUUUGGAACAACGUGAGGUUGAGUAAAUGAUGGCAGAAUGUUAAUUUAUGAGUGAACUAUCCCUUUAAACUCUCUCUUUUCCUUCUUUGCCCAUCACCGCUUCCAUCCUACAGAACUUAACCACACUUUACCGGAUCGGUUGUUUUUGGAUGUGACCGGAGCCUCUUUGAGCUCCAAAUGUGUUUCCAUUUUUACCGUUCGGCACCAUUAUGGAUUUACAGACUGAGAUGUUUUUUGUUUUUUACUUGUCUAAACGAACCGUGGACGAGGAACGUCGAUUCCGCCACAACUGUGGGAUGACGAUUACCCUAUAAGGGACCAGCACACAGUAGAGGACAGCGAUAUAUUUUCCCCUUUACUUCUUUCUCCCUUUCUCUUUCCCCUUCUGAUAAAUCCCCCACCCCGCAUCCAUCCCUGUCCCUCCCCCCCAACAACCUCCCCACCUCCUUUGCAGAUAUAUGUAUUUUAUUUAGAAAGAUUUUAUUCUUGGCAUUUACAGAAAUUAUGCAUUAUAAAUUGUGGGGGCCUACAGCUCUAUGUAUAUAUGUGUAUACAUGUAUUAGGUUUAUCAUGUUGAGGUGCAAGUGUGCGUGAGUGUGUGAAUGAGGGCAGCAAUGUGUGUUUAAAGAGGAACUAUGUCAUUUUUCAUUGCUUUUAGAUCUCGAUGGAGUCUUAGCCAAAUGAAAUGACAGGCACAUGAUGGGAAAUGUUUUUGUUUGGUUCUUUCAGUCCACUUAGGUCACUUUUUUGCCUAAUGUACACAUCCUUUUCCAUAAGACACAGUGGGAGGGCUCAGUGGUUCAAAAUGUGUGUACAGCUUGACCAUAUAAGAGAAGUGUUUGUGUGUGUUUGAUUGUGGUUGUGUAGAUGUAUGAAUGGGGUCUUGAUGGGCUGUUAACAGGACAGUUCAUCCAAAAUGAAAAUCAUAUACUCCACAUCAUGUUGUUCCAAACCCAUAUGAAUUUCUUUCUUCUGUGGAACACAAAAGGAGAUGUUUGACUGAAUGUUUGUCAUGGUCACUUUCGCUUUUAUUGCAAUUUUUUUUCAUAUGUGACUUGAGACUAAUGUUCUCUUUUUGUGUUCAGCAGAAGAAAAAUGGCCUGUCUUAUUUUACUCUAAUAUCAAAAGAAACAAAUAAGAAAAUAUAUUUUGCAGAUAGAAAAUGAAGCCUGUUUUUAGGGCCUUUAAGAUUUUUUUUUUGUGAUGUAUGACAUUAUUUCCAUGAUGAUUGCGCUCAUUUUAGCCCCAAAAAGAUGGUCAUUUAUGAUAUUCCCGUUACCGCAACAUGAAAAACUGUGUUUAUAUAUCAUAGUAGUACUCCCUUGUAAUGCCUUUCAUUUUCACUGAUUUUCACUUUUUAAAAAUCAUCUUUUUUACUGAAAUACAAUAAAAAAUGUCUGUUACAGUAAUGAGAUUAAUCAUUACCGUUGGGAAUAGUAAAAGUAAUUAUCCAAACGCAUUGCGGUGUUAAAAAAAUUUGGGGGUAAAAUGUGCUCAUGUGUCCUGAAAAUAAUGUCACAGUGCAAAAAAUCUUAAUGAUCCUUAUUUUCUUUAUGCAAAGUAUAAUUUCAAUAUUUUUUUUUUAUGAUUUGGGGUUAAAUAUGUCUUGACUGGUUUUGUGAGAAUCAUCCAGUAAAUGAUGACAGAAGUGUAAUUUUUUUUUGGGGGGGGUGGCACAGUGUUGUAGAAAAUAAUGCAUUUUGCUGGCUCAGUCUGUAGAGGUUUGCUUCUUUUCUUUUUUUUACCUGUUACCUGGUUUUUAAUCUGUUAGUCGUCUGGCCUUGCAUGUCAAUUGUACAGCCUGUCAUUCUUCAAAGCUGCGUUUCCAGGGCAACCGCGAUUGUGCGACACUCUAAAACUCUGAGACACAGACGCAGUGUUGUGAACGAAGAGUCGCACAAGAGAAUUAAUAUAACGGGAGAGAGAGGCAGAGGGGCAAGGAGACUGGACCGCUUUUAGACAAACACUGGCAACAUGUUGCCUGAAUAUUCAGUAUAAACGUUUGCCUGUUGGCAGUGGGAUACAGUUAACCUGCAUCAUGGACAUCUUGGCAACAAACCUACACCCUGUCCCUCUGCCACCCUUAUAGACAUUACAAGGAAAAAAAAAAGAGAACAAUAUAAAUGACGAUCAUAGUGAUUGCAUUGAAAAUAAACAAAUGUUUGUUGUUUUUAUGGAA